UGCCCACGUCACUGCAUAUGGACCCACAAAGAAGCGCGUCCAUCCAACUCUGACCUCUGGCCGGCGCCGGCAUUCGAGAUCUAACUAAGCAUGCCGCUCGGCCUCCGAAACAUUCCUGCUAGCGCCGCCGCCGCCGCCGCCGCCGCCGCCGCCGUAACCGCCGCAAUAGUCUUCUUCCGCCGCCGACCACGUUCUUCUUCCACAUCAUUUUCUUUAACGAGUUCCGCCAUCAUGGAAGACCGCCGCCCUGACUCCGUUCUUGUCCUCUUUGUAAAAUCCUCUCAAGAAGACGAAAUCGCUCGAUCCAUAAAGGCCAAGAAGGAAACUCUCAAGCUCUUCGAGGAAGGAGAAGCCCAAGGAGAAAUUCGGGUUCUUCUCCAGUCCGAGAUAGACUCAAUCGACUACCCUACCUUCCGCGCUGAGCCCUACAUGGACGCACUCAAUACGAAUAGCUUCGGCCGUCUUCUAAUUUGGUCCCCGCGACUCCCUUCCACCCACGAUGUUGUUUCUAAGAAUUUCUGCGAGUUUCCUGUAGGCACAGCGUGCAUAACGGAUUUCCAGUACAAAGGCAAAGGACGAGCAAAGAAUGUGUGGGAGUCUCCAGCUGGUUGCCUUAUGUUCUCUUUCACGUUGCAGAUGGAAGAUGGGCGUAAAGUGCCUCUUGUGCAGUACAUUGUCUCUCUAGCAGUAACUGAGGCGAUUAAGGAGUCUUGUCAAGCUAAAGGACUACCUCAAAUAGAUGUAAGAAUAAAGUGGCCUAAUGAUCUUUAUCUGAAUGGGCUUAAAGUGGGAGGUAUUCUCUGCACCUCCACUUAUUCUUCGAAUAAGUUCAACGUUAGUGCUGGUGUUGGCUUGAACCUAGAUAAUGAUAAACCAACAACAUCCUUAAAUGCUGCAAUCCAAGAGAUAACGGCUGUUUCCCAUCAACUUGGAAGGGAGGAUAUACUUGCAGCAUUUUUCAAUAAUUUUGAAAAACUUUUUGAAGUUUUCUUGCAUCAAGGCUUUCAGGUCCUUGAGGAGCUCUACUGCAGAACCUGGCUUCAUAGUGAUCAGAAAGUUGUGAUAGAGGAAAAGCAGGAGGAACAAGUAGUAAAUAUAGCGGUAACUAUAAAGGGUUUGACUUCUUCCGGAUACUUGUUGGCCAUGGAUGAGGAGCAAAGAUAUUUUGAGCUUCAUCCUGAUGGAAACAGCUUUGACUUCUUCAAGGGAUUGGUAAGGAGGAAGUUGGACUGAAGUAAAGCUCGUCCAAGAUAGGUAUGAUAUUGAGAAAUUAUCCUAAAGUUCUACCCAUCAGAUAGGUCAGGCUAUCAUUUCCUUUCAUGGAACAUAAAAGGCAGAUAGAGGAUGCGUGAAUUUGGUUGGUGAGUAAUAAUGGUUGAUAUUUUAUGUUGAAGGUGUUAAACAUUCUGAUAUUUAUGUCGUAGCCGUUCUAUAAUCUAAUGUAUGACAAUUUUAAUGUAUAGAAACUGGAGGAAAGUUUUAUACCAUGAUAUCUAUUUUUACAGAUUCUGCAAAA